AUUAGACCACGAGUCUCCGCCUCUUCCUGUGACAUCAUGCCUACCAGGAACUACUCCAUUCUACUCAAGACCCGAAAGGAGACGGGGAGGAGUCAUCGCUCAGGCUGCAGUAACGUAAUAUGAAGUCGUGACAUCACUUGAUUCUUCCCCUAGAACUUCCGAGAUCACAUGACUCGGUGAAGAUGGACAAGGACAAGAGCCACGUGAAUGAGGAUAUAUUGAACCUCACCCUAGAGAUCAUCUACCUGCUGACUGGAGAGGAUUACAUAAUAAUGAAGAAGAAAUCAUGCGAGUCUAAAAUGCACAGCAGUGUGUCUGCCGGAUGGAAGAGAGCCAGAAGCCCCAUCGUGCCUCCUCCUCACUCACUGAUAAAUGAGAGACACCAUGAUCAAAAGAUACUAGAACUCACCAACAAGAUCAUUGAGUUGCUGUCUCCAGAGGAUUGUGAGCUUCUAGAUGACGACAAUGAACUGUACCAGCCCCUGCCAUCACCAGAUGAAUCCAGUGGCAGAAGUACACCGGAGGAAAGUCGAAGUCCUUUGUCUUCUCAGGAUUGUUCAGAAGAAAAUCAAGAUGUUCCGUCAGUCAGUCAGUGUGACGAUAUGAUUGACAUCAAAAUUGAAGUUGUAGAGGAAGAAGAGGAAGAGGAGGCAUUUCUGGUGGAGGAUAGACAAAUUAAGGAAGAGGAAAUUGCUGUAGAUAUCGACACAGUUCUACAUGGAAAUGUCUUAGAUGAGCAGGCCCCAUUAUCCUCAGAUUGUAAAAGUGAAGAUAAUGAAGAUUCUCCUGGAGAAAACUCCAGUACACCUCAAGUCCUCGAUACUACAGAUCAGUCUCCUGAGUCAUCACAUCACGAGGGACAUUCUUUUGAUAGGUUGUAUGUUGAAAGUCGAGGUGCAGAUCAGAAAAGAGACAAAAUCUAUUCAUGUUCUGAAUGUAGCAAGUGUUUCACAACAAAAUAUUUCCUGCUUCGCCAUCAGAAGAAAAUGCACUCAAAAAAGUCUCUGUUCUCAUGCACUGAGUGUGGAAAAUGCUUUACCCAUAAAUCAGAACGUGCUCGACAUGAAAGAAUUCACACCGGAGAGAAGCCUUUUCCAUGCUUUGAUUGUGGAAAAUGUUUUCCCCACAAAUCAGAACUUGUUCGGCAUGAGAGAAUUCACACAGGUGAGAAGCCCUUUUCAUGUUCUGAUUGUGGGAAGGGUUUCAGGCAGAAAUCUGACUUUCUUAAACAUCAGAGAAUUCACACGGGUGAGAAGCCGUUUUCUUGCUCCGAAUGCGGGAAAUAUUUUACGCAAAAGUCUAACCUUGUUGAACACCAGAAGAUUCACACUGGGGAGAAGCCGUUUUCAUGCUCAAUUUGUGGUAAAAGUUUUGCAAGGAAAGCUGAGCUUGGUAAACAUCAGAGAAUUCACACAGGGGAGAAGCCAUUUUUAUGUUCUCAGUGCGGGAAACGCUUUACCCACAAAUCAGAACACAUUCGACAUGAGAGAAUUCACAAGGGGGAGAAGCCAUUUUCAUGUUUUGAGUGCGGCUAUAGCUUUGCAAUGAAAUCAGAACUGGUUAAACAUCAAAGAAUUCACACUGGGGAGAAGCCAUUCUCAUGUCCUGAUUGUGGAAAAUGCUUUACGCAGAAGUCUACGCUCGUCACUCAUCAGAGAACUCACACAGGAGAAAGGCCAUUUAUAUGUUUAGAGUGCGGAAAGGGUUUUACCCAGAAAUCGGACCUUGGGAAACAUCUGAGAAUUCACACGGGAGAGAAGCCGUUUUCUUGCUCUGAAUGUGGGAGAUGUUUCAUAAGGAAACCUGAACUUGUGACACAUCAGAGAUCUCAUCAUAAAUAUGAGAACACUGGCACAGAGUUAGAUGAAUAGAAAUGUAAUCUUGGUUCCAACAUUGAAAGCUCGUAAAUAAGCUAUUUCCAUUGGUUAACUGUUUUACCACUUCUGUUUCAUUAAUUCUAUUCUUGGAAAAUAACAUUGGAGGUUGUUAAUGUAUAAGACAUUAUCUUAGAACUAGAAACCUGUAGCUUCAUCACAAGGUUUCUUCCAAGCUGAAGAAAUCUGAAUUGUGAUUAGAUUAAGUAUACCCUUGAGAUGGGUACCGAUGGAGGUUUAUAUGUGACUGAACCAUACAAAAUCUUGUAAAAGAAUGGAUUGAUGUUGUGAAAUCACUGUGCUAGAUGCUAUAAUGCCACCAAUGAACCCCCAUUUAUUCCAUGUGUCCCAGGUGUCUACCUUCUGCCUCAUAACAUUGUAGUCCAUCCCUGAAAAGAUGGGCUAUUCCAUUGGUACUGCUGAAGCCAGCACUAUAAUGAACAUAAGUUAUUGUUGAUCACUUUGCUCUACACAACUUUAAAGGGAAUCUGUGACCAGGAAAUAUCUUGUAGGGAUAGUUCAGCUGAAUGUAAUGAUAUCUUGCGACCUUGCUCCUCCUGCUUCCUCUGCCAGACCCUUCCUCUUCUUGAUCGACUCCCUGUCGCCCUGCAUUCAUCACUUUUUUAUUUUUCCGUUAACGUGUUUUUUUGCGGGACAAGUUUUGUGAAACUGUAAAGUAUAUUAGUGGAGUGAAAAUAGUGUGUGUGGGGGGGGGACAAUUCCCCUGUUAUCUUUUGGGUUUUGUUUUAAUAAUGUCCACUGUGUGAUGAAAAUGUAAGCUUUAUUGAAUGGGUUAGUAUGAUUACAGGAGUGCAAAAUUUACCAUAUUUAUUUGCCCUAUAAAAUGCACUUCAGCAUCUGAAGGGUUACACAGCUGUUAAUGCCAGCCAAGACCUAUAAUUCCCCCCAUAUGCCUUUGCCCCUAACAUAGAUUGUACUUACCUUGCUCCCCGGCACCCGUGUCUCUUCUAAUGCCGCCCCUGCAUCUUCCUGACGCGAGGAUGAAAACAUCCGGGGGAAUGGGGGGCAGCCAAUAGCAGGCUGCAACGAGCCUCCCUAGCAUCGCAGUUGACUCAAGGGCGGCUCGUUCCCUUCAUGGCCUGCUAUUGGCUGCCUCCCCCACCCCCGUUGCUAAAUGUUUUCAUCCAGUCAACAGGGAGAUGCGGAGGCCGUGCCGGCAUCAGAAGCAACGCGGGUGCGGGGGAGUGAGGUAAGUACAAUCUGUGUGAGGGGCCCGGGCAAAUGGGGGGGCAUUAUAGUUCUUGGAUAACCCCUAUAAAGGGGUUGUCCGGGAUUGAGGACUUUGUUCCAUUAGUACAAGACAGACAGACAUACAUAUAACAUACAUCCAUUUCCUACCUUUUCCACAUGUUUCUUCGCCGGAAGUGAAGUUUUCUUAGAUUUGAUGAUGUACCGCAUCCCUUGCAGGAGCGCUGAAGCCUCUUCUUCCGGCUGCUCGGGGAGCCCGGUGACGUUAUCGGCACUGAUGG